AUGAAGGGUACAUCUAUUUUUCAGUUCAAGUCAUGGCCCAAAAUCCAUCAACCCUUGCCUCGUACUCCACGAGAGUCUCAGCAACUGUUAAAUGCCCUCACAUCUUCCUUUCGUCGUCAACUAGAUGGGGCUUAUCCCGCAUCAGGCAACAACCAUGGCCGACCUCUCCCCAACCCCGAAUCAUCAGCGCAUGCAACCGAUCAGCAUUUGCAGAACAUUCUCGAUAACCCUCUUUUCCGUAUAAUUCCGACCAGACCCAUCACACAAGAACCCGCCACAUUGCAAAGCAUCGAAGGCCAGCGACGACUAGCCGAAGAACCCAUGGCGGUGUUUGAUCAAAUGGCUGCAGCUGGCUCAGUCACUACCCUCGCGAUCAAUGAUUGUCUAAAGUCUCAACUUCUCCUUUCUAGAUCCCCGGCCGAUAUGAAUACAUCUCGGGUGGCAUCGAGGAUUGUUGAUUGGUAUUGGGCAUCAGAUGGCACAUCAAGGCAAAUGCUUCUGCGUUUGCGCUCAGUGACUACAUCAUUGACCAAGUUCAUGGUGGCAGAGGGAUUGCACAGUACUGUCAUGCAGUGGUUGCAAAUGCUCAUGAGUCAUGACCUAGGUAGUCAGAAUGGCCGGAUGACUGAAGGUCUUGCGCGGCAGACCUUCAAUCAUCUCCUUGUUGAUUUUAUAGAUGCAGAAGUCUCCUUUGGAAAUGGCUUCAGCUCGGCGAUGGCACAUUAUCUGAGUGUAUGCCAGAUGCAUUUCCAAAGUGCUUCUUCCCAUAAGUCAAGGAAACCGAUGCUCCUGGCUGCAGGUGCUCACCUGAGCCGUAUGGCCAUGGAGCACAAACCAUCGAGUGAGCAGGUAUCAACGGUAGUAUAUGACCAGUUCAGGGAUACGGUUUCCGUGCUGUCUCCUCGGUCCCUGCUGGUAGCAUCUGUGGCUGUCUGUCACCCAACAGAUCCUGAUCCACGCCCAUUCCUCCAAUUCGUGGCAAGCCUCUCACCAAGCAAAUUCCAGGCUUGGAAUGAAAUUAGGCGCGAUGCUUUCUUCGAGAUUGGUUCGGAGGCUCUUCGCGUCCUCGUUGACCAGAAGAGGUUCCGUGAUAUCUCCCGGCUGGAGGAACAUAUCUCAGAAUUGCUACCCGAACAGCCAGCUCCAGUCGAUGAGAAGACACAUACAAUGUCUGAAGAGGAACAUCUUGGCCGUUUGAACUGGAGUUUUUCAUGA